GCUGUUGUUGGGUAGUCGAAGUCCCGAAAAGGCUGCCGGUUUGCGGAGGUUGUUGCGUAGCAGAAGUAGACCCAAGUCCGGCGAACAAAUUACCUCCUUGUUGCGGCUGCGUUUGAGUACUAGAGCCAAGUCCGGAGAAUAACCCGCCUGGUUUCUGUUGGUUUUGUUGCUGGGUACUGCCAAACAACCCCCCUGUUUGUUGCUGCUGCUGCUGCUGGGUGCUUGCGCCAAAGAGGCUACCAGUCUGCUGCUGCGGUUGCUGCUGCGGUUGGCCGAGAGAGCCAAAAAGGUUUCCCUGAGGUUUCUGCUGGUUUGCUUGUUGCGCUCCGAAUAAACUUCCCGUCUGUUGGGGCUGGCUGCUUGACCCAAACAGCCCCGUGGUGGACUGGGGCUGUUGAGAUGUUUGCUGUCCAAAGAGUGACAUAAUGAUUCAAGAUAAGACGAAGCACAGCAGCUAUUGCUCAGCUAGUCGGGGGAAGACCCACGCGGGUUGAGCGAGCACGAGAGAAAUUUCAGCGACGUCGCAUCAGGCCGCUUGGGGGGUACCUGUUGGCAAAAUUCGGUACCGCGAUCUAUAUUAUAUACCAGCAAGAGACGGUGCGUUAACCCUGAUGGGUUCGGCAAUAGACACGGUCAAUACCACGUCCCCAAUCCCUGCUGUCGCCGGAAGAGAGCAGAUUCGAGUUGAAGCGUUGUUGCAAGCUUGUUGAUUGUUUUUCUCGAGCUGGGUUGAGUCGCAUCACGUGACGAUUGGUUCCUGGCGACGCUAAACCACGAAUGGGCAUAUUAGCAGCUAAGCGCUCUAGCCAAUAAGAGGCGCCAUAGACGCGUCGCGAAAACGGCAAGCUCCAAACGACACACCUGUUGAACAUUCUGUAGUGCGUGAGCAAAACACCUUAGAGAUACUCAUAUGAACUGUCAAGGAGUGUUUAGCAGCAAAUAUGGCUCCCAUUGGAAAAUCGGAAACACGAAAAAAGAAACCAAAUCGAGCAGAGGAACGCGCGAAACAAUGGCUAACAAAAGGCGGCAUCUACCGAGAAGAUUCAGACGAUGAGCUUGGAUAUGAGGACCAUCCAUGGGAAUGGAUAUAUGAAACAGAUCCACCUUCUACUGAAGACUCCCGAUUAAACGGUUCUGGUGAUGAGCUUGAUUGUGUGACACCUACAAAGCGCAAAACUUCACAACGUUCACGGAGAAAAGCUCUUACGAAGAAAAUCAUAGGGGCAAGGACGGGCUCGUUUGAGUGCAGACUGGGGCAGGCUGUACUACUAAAUUCGCCCGAGCCCGGAAAGGAUUGGGCAGGUAUUAUCUGCGAGUUUUUAGAAGAAGACGACGACGACGACGAAGACGAAGAUGGUAGUGGGGAGCUUGUAAAAAGCGCCAAUAUCAUGUGGUUUGCAUCCCCAGAUGAAUUUCUGUCAACGAAAAACAAGAAGCGGGAAGACGCUUUGCCUAAUGAACAAUACAUAACUAUGGAUUUUAACGUCAACCCCUUGACGUCGAUGAAUGGAAAAGCGACUGUUCUAUCGAAAGCCGCAUUCGAGAAGCGGUACCCGAAUGGCGUCCCCCCUAAAGGGAAAGCAGAAUUGGCAGAGUACAACAAGUGUAUCAUUUGCCGAAGAGGCGUCAAUCAGCUCCAAGGAAAAUAUACUGAAGAAUUUAUAUGGGAAGAGGUCUUCGACGGGACCGAACAGGGCAUGUUUGAGCUCAUCGAUUUUAUUAAAGCUGGGCUGAAACGAUCUCGCAAGCGACAAGUAAUAGAUGACGAGUAUGCGGAUGUCAAGGAACCCGGCAUCGCGCCGACUACACCGCGGAAGAGGCACAAAACGUCCUCAGUGGCAGGGACGCCACAAUCCCGACGACGCCAAAAGGUUCUCACCACUCCGACCCAUAGGAGGAUUGUAGUUAAGAAGCCUGUGGAAUUUACCCCGUUAGGAACUCGAAUCCUCUCUCCAUCUCAUUUUACAUCGUCUCCCUAUCGACAAGCCCGCAACCUUCUACAUGUUUCAAGUGUGCCAGCUUCCCUUCCGUGUCGGGAUAGCGAAUUCAACACUGUCUACGAUUGUUUGCGUCUCGCUAUCACUGACGGCACUGGAACAUGCAUUUAUAUAUCUGGGCCUCCAGGCACUGGAAAAACUGCAACUGUUCGAGAAGUUAUAGCUCAGCUUAAUGCAUCCGUGCUCGCAGAAGAAUUAGACGAUUUUGUCUUUGUUGAGAUUAACGGCAUGAAGGUUACAGACCCGCACCAGUCCUAUUCAUUGCUCUGGGAGGCUCUGAAGGGUGAUCGAGUGUCACCAUCUCAUGCACUUGAUCUUCUGGAAAGGGAGUUUUCUCACCCAUCCCCUCGUCGAGUACCAUGCGUUGUCUUGAUGGACGAACUAGACCAGCUUGUUACUAAAAACCAAUCGGUUAUGUAUAAUUUUUUCAAUUGGCCGGCAUUGCGAUAUUCCCAUUUGAUUGUGUUAGCUGUCGCCAACACGAUGGACCUGCCCGAAAGAACGCUGAGCAACAAAAUAUCAAGUCGUCUAGGCUUGACUCGAAUCACAUUUUCCGGUUAUAAGCACCAGGAGUUAAUGGAAAUUAUUGGGUCUCGCCUCAGUAACGUGCCGGGGAACAUCGUUGACCCAGACGCCGUUCAAUUCGCAAGCCGUAAAGUUGCCGCAGUCAGUGGAGACGCACGACGUGCCCUUGACAUAUGCCGCAGAGCGGUGGAGAUAGCAGAACAAGCCAGUGAAGCUGCAGCAAAGGCCAAGCUGAAAUCAGCCCUAACGCUGUCCAACGCGAAUGGCAUAGAUAUGGAUGACAUGGACACAAGCUCCCUCCCUCCAACACCAAGCAAAAGUGUAUCGCGCCGAAACCGUAUCGCAGGACCCGCCCAAAACAAGCUACCCCCGAUCUCAGAAACCGAACCAGACCCCCUCCCACGUGUCACCAUCGCCACUAUCAAACAAGCCAUCCAAGAAGCCACCUCCACACCUCUCCAACAGUCCCUCCGCUGCCUCCCACUAACCGGCAAGGUAUUCCUCGCAGGCCUACUAGCCCGCAUCCGCCGAACAGGCAUAACUGAAUCGACCUUCGGGGACAUCCUUGACGAAGCAAAGCGAAUCGCUGACGCAGCAGUCGCAGUCGCUGGUGCCGCCAGCAACAACUUGAGGGAGUAUUUGUUGCAGAAGGGAAGCGACAUGCGCAGAUCACACGUUUGCGCGAUGCGGUUUGCUGCUGUGGAGCUGAUGAAUUCUGGCAUUUUGGCGCUGGAAGGGGAGUCGAGUGUUAAGGGGAGCGGUUCCGGGUUGGGACAUGCGUUAGGAGGAGGGGAUAGGAGCGGGAAGGUCAGGUUGAGGAUUGCGAGUGAGGAUGUGAGGGCUGCAUUUCGGGAGGAUGAGGAGGCGAAGAUGUUGGGGUUAGGCUUUGAGCAGUGAAUAUAUUUCGUUUGAGGUUUUUUAGAGGAGCAUACUUGGGGUGUUACAUGAUUUUAUUAUACAUAUUGUUCAGCGAUAACAGCUCGGGUAUAGAAUGGGUAGACGGACGGUUGGAGCUCCUGUUUAAGUAGAUGAACACGUAGAAGUACCUUGUUAACAUACGGGUUUACACUAUUCUAGUAAAUGAUGCAUUAGGAAAACAAGCUUAUAUUCCUCUGAUAAAUCAUCCAAACGAACCUCGAAACACCAUCCGAAAGAAGUGCGCAACGCCAGAAAAAUGCAUGACAAG